UUAGAGCAAAUUGAACUUGUUAUCGGUACACAUUUGCAGCUUCACUUAAGAAAUAUCGGCACUUAAAAUGUGUGCAAAAGGUGUGAAAGAAGAUUACGAGGAGGAACUUUGUGAAGCAAAUCAACUACCGGAUGCUCUUUUCAAGAAGGCUCAAGUUGUAGCACACGGAACAGGAGAUCCUCAUCCUCAGCUGCAGGAAUGGAGCUCCGGAGUGCUGGAGGAGGAGUUGGAGCCACCUCACAUUAAAGAAGAGUGCCGUCCCAUUAAAGAAGAAGAGGAGGAAUGCGGGAUGUGUCAGGAGGGAGAGACGAUUCAAGAGUCGGAGGAUUCCAAUACCACUAAGUUGCCAGUGAAGCAUGAAGAUAAUAAUGAAGGUGAUGGAGACCAAUGUGGAGAAGAGUCGCAAGCCGACAACCUCUUAGCUCCACUAUCAGAUAGUGAGGCCAUAACCUCACACUCCUCUGACACUGAUGAACACACCAGUGGUGAUACGAUAUGUCCCUCUGAUAACAAAGAUGUGACAUGUUCCCAGUGUGACAAAACCUUUCCCAACAAGUCAACGCUGAAAAGACACAUGAGAACACACAGUGGAGAGAAACCUUUUGCCUGCUCAAUUUGCGGUAAAACGUUCACAUGGAAGACAGGUAUGAUAAGACACAUAAGAACACACACUGGUGAGAAACCUUUUGUCUGCUCCGUUUGUGACGAAAGAUUCGCUCAUAAAGAGCAACUGGGAAGGCACAUGACAACACACACGGGAGAAAAACAUUUCGCAUGUUCACUUUGUGGGAAAAUAUUCACAUGGAAGAUUGGUUUGAUGAGACACACAAGAUCUCACACUGGGGAGAGACCCUUUGCCUGCUCAGUUUGUGGUAAAACAUUUAAUCAGAAGACAACUUUAAUAAUGCAUAUAAGAACGCACACUGGGGAGAAACCUUUUCUCUGCUCGGUGUGUGGCCAAAGAUUCACCCAAAAGGGAAAUUUAGAAAAACACACAAGAAGUCACACUUUGAUUCUCCCCAGUGUCAACUUUCGCUUGCUUAAUCUGCCGCCUGACUUUCAAUGAUCGUACAGGGUUGGUUCAACUCAACACACAAAAACCAGUUUCAUAUUCAUAUUGUGGGAAACCACCGUGAUAGACACACUGACAGCACACACAACAGUAGUAAUAUUCUGCUUGAUGAUUGAUUUUUGUUUAGUUUUUGUUAAGUUUUAAUAUUAUUUUUUCUUUUAUUAACAUAUUUGUGGAAUACAAGAUGGAAAAAGCCCUUAAAUAUUAUGUAAAAAAAUUAAAGUACAAUUCCCACUGUU